CCCCUCCCCCUCCCCUGGGCGCAUGCUCUUCAUCUUCCUCUCUUCUUGUUCUCUCUGUUUCCAGAACGCCCGCAGGAACCAACAGUCACUGAAAAGUUGAAGCUCGGCAUAUCAAUUUCUUCUCUUCUCAAUUUCUCAAUGACAGAGCGAAUCGGGUAAUCGGUGGGAUACAAAAUGCUCAGAUGGAUUAUUCCGAUCUGCCUCUGCCUGCUGCUUCAGCAAUGGCUCAUCAAUCUGUCUUCCCGUUUUACCAAUCCACUCUCUGUGAUCCGAGUUCUGCUAAAACCUCCAUGAACAAGGACGAUAGUGGCCUCACCUACAAUUUCUCGUCGUCAAGAAAGCGAUCCAGGGACCAGUUAACCAUUGAAAUCAACGAUACUAGCAACACCAAAUUGCCUUCUGCUAAUUCGUGGCCAUUUCUCGAUCAGGACCUUCUUCCUCACAUCCACAACCAGCAAUCCGAAAUCGACCUCCUCAUUGCCCAACAUGCCGACAAUGUGAGGAUGGAGUUAGAGGAACAGAGAAUGAGACAAUUGACAGUGUUGCAUUCAGCAAUCCAAGAAGUGAUGAUGAAGAAACUGAAAGAAAAAGACGAAGAGAUUCAGAAAAUUAGAAAGCUGAAUUGGGUUCUUCAAGAAAGAGUCAAAAUCCUAACCCAAGAGAACCAAAUAUGGAAGGAAUUGGCGGAAAGCAAUGAAUCAACCGCCAAUUCACUGCGCUGCAACUUGGAACAGGUGCUGGCGGCGCACGUUAGCGAGGGCCAACACCACCACACUGUCACAGCGGCAGCGGAGGUGGAUGAUGUCAAGUCGUGCUGCAGAAGCAAUGGUGAAGGACAGUGGACGGCGGAGGCCGGGAAGGACACGGCCAGCGGCAGAAGAAGUUGUGAGACGUUGUGUGGCAAUUGUGGUGUGAGGGAAUCAAUAUUGUUGCUACCAUGCAGGCGUGUGAGUUUGUGUACAAGGGUGGGUCCAGGAGUCACAAUUGCCCGGUAUGUCACUCAGCAACUAAUGGUAGCGUGCAUGUUAAUUUCUGUUAGGAAUUUAUUUAUUUAUGUGGUUUUGUAUUAAAAAAAAACUUUUCUUUUCGUUUUUAACA